CUCCGCUGUCAGCGGCGGUUCUUGGGCUUGAAGCAGCUGUAAGGUACCGCUAGUUCUAGCCUCGUUUUUAAAGCUUCCAACUUUAAGUGGUGUUUGGGUUUAUUUGAACACAAGCCGUCGUGUUUCUUUGAAGUGUUAAGAUCGAUCAUAUAAUGAACUCAACAAAAUGCCCGCGGGAGUUAUUUUUAAGUUGGCCCCGUCCCUGCCAGCCUGCCCGUGGAGCAGGCUCCCUUCUCGGAGCCUCUCCGCAAAACGGGUGUUUGGACCCGUAGUGGGAAUUUCUCAGCACGCGUGUUUCUCUGGGGAGGCUGCGGGCCGGUGCAUAUGGAUUUGCUUGUGUUGUGUUUGCGUUAGUCCUCAGGCUCCCGGGAUGAGGCUCUGAGGGACAGACGCGCCCGGAUCCUGUCGCGCGGGCUGCCGCGGCAGAAGCCCAUAGAAGGAGUAAAGCAGGUGGUGGUCGUGGCGUCUGGAAAAGGGGGAGUUGGAAAAUCAACGACAGCAGGUUAGCUUGAGUUUGUUAGCCUGUUGGCAAACUUGGACUGAAAUGUGGGUGCUGCUGCCAACCUAAACUGGUAUUAUUGUAGAGGUGCAAGAAGCUAAGAGCCGAGUUGAUGAAUGCAGUUAUUAAUAAAUAUAGCCCUCGCCCUAGCAGCAAAUGAUUCGACAAAAGAAGUUGGUUUACUUGAUGGAGACAUCUAUGGACCUUCAAUUCCAAAGAUGAUGAACUUAAAAGGAAACCCAGAAUUAACACAAACCAAACAUGCCAGGCCACUUGAUUCAUUUUUGUUUGAAGUUGUGUGUUUAGGGAUGCAGAGGUUGACUUCACUACCAGAAGAAAAUCUAAUGCGACCCCUUAAGAACUAUGGAAUCACAUGCAUGUCUAUGGGUUUCUUGAUAGAAGAGACUGCCCCGGUUGUGUGGAGAGGGCUCAUGGUAAUGUCGGCUGUUGAGAAAUUGUUGAGACAGGUUGACUGGGGUCAACUGGACUAUUUAGUAAUUGACAUGCCACCUGGGACUGGAGAUGUACAGCUGUCAGUCUCACAGAAUAUUCCAAUUGCAGGAGCUGUGAUCAUCUCCACUCCUCAAGACGUGGCUUUAUUGGAUGCGCGCAAAGGAGCUGAAAUGUUCAGAAAAGUCCAUGUACCUGUUUUAGGACUGGUUCAAAAUAUGAGUGUUUUCCAGUGUCCCAAAUGUAAGCACGAGACACACAUUUUUGGAGCGAAUGGUGUAAGAGAUCUAGCAAAAACCCUUGAAUUGGAUUUUUUAGGAGACAUUCCACUGCAUGUUAAUAUACGGGAGAUGUGUGAUUCAGGACAGCCUGUUGUGGUCUCGCAGCCUCAUAGUGAUGCCGCUAAAGCCUAUCUAAAGAUAGCUAUGGAAAUAGUAAGACGACUGCCAGUACCUCCUGCUUGAAGUGUUUAUCACUGAAACUUACCAAAAAAGCGAUCUUUUGGUGCGACCAAUGCAGACGAGUCCGACCUAAUUAUAUGGAUGCCAUAUCUAAGAAGGUUUUUUUAUGAGUUAAUUGUGAUAUUCAGUUUUUCAAAUCAUUGUUUGGCCAUGUACAAAUGGACUGAAGCAUGCAAAAGAUGGUAGACAGCGUUUAACUGCUGGAUUGUAACAUCAUCAAGCAAGAAGGGAUGAAGUACGUUUUUCACAUAUGUACUGUUUUAAGGUCAAGAAUUAAAACCAGCCACUCCAGCCAAGCAGAAUGAUGAGAGGGAUGCCAAGGCAUAAGUCCUACUUAAAAAAUGACAGUUGCAAUACUCUUAAUUUCUGUCAGUUUUGGUUCAGUUUUGGUUAACUACCAAGUUGACCUUAAGUUCUGCAGAUUUUAAGAAGCAAAUUUAGUUAUGUAACUGCAGUACUUUUGUGUUCAUCUUCAAAGAAAAUUUAAAAAAUUCCACGUAUACUCUGAAUUCUUGUGAUGGAUCAUGAGCAAAUUCAUUUAUUAUUGGAUAAUGUUCGAUCAUGAGGCAAUUCACAGUUUAGUGGAGAAUGGAUUACAUGACCCUGAGGCUUAUUUCCUGAGUCCUUUUCAUUGUAAUGGACCCAGACAGAAGACUAGGUAACCAAGGUCUUCACUGAAAAUCAGGUAUUGUGCCCAAGCUUAGUCUGCCAGGGGAUGCAAAUGAUCAAGAUAAAUUAAAUUUAUCAUUGCAUAUUCCUAUUACAGUGGAGCAACUUGGAAUUUGAAUAUAAAGGUGAAUUUGUGAAGUAAAAAAAAAUUUGGUCUUCAAA